AUGACCUCACAAAACGCUACUCUCUCCGCCAGUGUACCUACUGCUAUCGUUGAGGAAGUAUCCGAAGGACGUCCCGAGUCAGAUAAACCAACCAAGAGACAGCGCGCCGUCGACGAAGGUCUCCAAGCAUCGGACAGAGCUCCCAUCAGCAUCCAAUUUGGCACCUCGUCAGCCCCUGCCCCUAGACCCAGUCUUCGUCCUACGGCGGCAUAUUUCAAGCCUACAGAGUCAAAGGGCAUCGUCUUUGGGGCCGCCUUGGCGCGAGAGGCCGAAGAACGGUCGUCCAAGGCCUCAAGGGCAAGCACCGCCAGUUCAAGCUCGAGCAAGAAGUUGAGAGCCGCGGCUUCGGAAUUUGUACCUCCUUCUCGAAGCUUUGCAUCUGAGAGCGCAAACUUUACGUUUGCCAUGCCCUUCGCUACCACUGCCCUGUGGAGCCAGGGAGGUCUUAUUGAUACCCCAUCUGGUACAUCUAUCGGCGAUGCUCCGGCUUGCAACAGACUCAACUUUGUAUCAUCUUCAGCAGUACCGUUCAAGCCCGCUUCUCUUCGAAAGGUGUCCCUCACCUCCAUUCCAUCCUCGUCUGCCCCUGGCAGGGUUGACUCUCCAGCGGAGUCUGUUGCUACCACCACCGCCAGCGAAGCCAAGAUCCGCGCUUCCGCUCCCAUCUUCACCCCAGGCGCCAAAUCAAGUACAAACUCUUCCCCUGCUUUCGCUCCUUCCAGAGUACCCUCCACAACCCCAUUAUCGACAGCCACCAAGAUCCGGGCUGCUGCUGCGGUGUUUAUGCCGGCGAGCUCUAUUGGGAGUGGUAGUCUGCCAUCCUCACCGGUCAAGGGUAGUUCGCGAACACCUUCUAUUAGCUCGACUACUUCAAAGACGGUUUUGAAGCAUGAUGCCCCUGCGUUUAUCCCUUCGCUUGAGAAACGGAAACGUGCGAGGGCAGAAGACUACUUACAUAAGGAGCCUGCCGAAAAGACUUCCAGUGAGAUGGAGGUAGAUACAGCUCCGAGGGAGAAUACCAGUGCUUCAACUGAGAGCGGUAUCCAGACAGUCCAGGCGGGUGAUGAUGGUAAGGUUGGCAGUCAGGUCGUCAUACCCGUCCCCGCCGAGGAUCCAGCACCCGCUAACGAAGGGCAGACGACAGACCAAGAGCAAGGCCAUUCCAGCUCGUCCAUCUCUGCUCCUUCGAGUGCGUUCGACAUCACCACCACAGCACCCAGUGAGACUGCUGAGGCUUCCUUGCGCGAGAUGGAUGGUUCUCAUAACGAUGGGGGGGUCAAGCGUGUCAUUGAACAGGCUGAUGGUAACGCCGAGGCCGGUAUCUUGUCAGUCGAGCAAAGCGUCAUCCACUUUAGGCGAGAAGCCUCGCCCAUGUCGUCGGCGGAUAGGAGCAGGCCUGACUCUCUUGGAAAUUCUGAACUGAGCGAAGUUCCUUCUCUUUCGGAAGACGGUCGUACCCCCCGUCCCUCUCUCGCGACAAGACACUCGUACAAUUCAUAUCGCCCUCGCGAUACCCCAGACAUAUCCUCGAGUUUGAGCGAGCCCACUGUACCCCUCGAUGAUGUGGUCAUCCAUCCUUCUCAACCGCUUCCUUCCCACCAUACUGCUCAAAUUUACGAGAAAUCACCUUCCAUCACUAUGCUUUCAGCAUACGCUUUUGAUGAAGACGAUUCAACUGAGCCUUUCGCUACUGCCAUCGAGGCAGGAACGGAAGAUGGUGAAGGAGUUGAGCGAGAGAUGGAAAGCAUCGCCACGCCCGAUGUUCCUUACACUGCUAGUACGCUCAAUGCGCACUAUGCUGAGAGUGAGGAGGAGGCUUCUGGGUCGGGGAGUGGGACAGUCCGAGAGGCAGAGUUUGCCGAGGGCGUUGAACAGUCGAUUCUCUUCGGGAGCCAGAAAGUGGGAGGGACACCCGGAGGUAGCAACUUUGAGUUUACAUUUGGCGAGCUGUCUCGGUCCUCUCCUUCCUCUUUGGAACAAAUCGAAGAGCAGCAUCGUCCCCAAGACUCGCUGCAGCCAACGCUUCUCGCCCCAGCCGCGAACGCCGGACCUGCUAGGUCUUUGCGGUCGUCGGCUCCAAGUACCGAGGUGUCUUCUAGCGCCUUGCUAUCAGCAGCGCCAAGCCCUCACGUACCCAUGGUGGCUCACGAUUCAGAAGAAGCCGCAGACUUCAAACGGUCUAUGGAGUAUUCGAAGAUGUCGGAAUCACCGAGAGCCGCCUUCCCGGACAACAUUCCAGAUCUGCUGUCUGUUGAGGCUACUGGAAGGGCGAUUGGUGUAGAUUCGGAUCUGAAUACACCCGCGACUAGGUCCUACGAGGCGAGCGGGGUGCUGAAGAUGCUAGAAGACCUGCGCCAGCAGUAUGGGAGGAAGGUCCAUAUCAGCCCGAGCCCUGGAGGGAUCAGAGAAGAGAUACUGCAUUCUGUGCCGGAUCUCACUGCCCAGCAAUCUGAGUGGUCCAGUUAUCUUAUCGAGAAGCUCACUUCUGCGCUAGAAGACCAGACCCAGCUGUUGACGACGCUGAAGCAAAACAUGUCUGCUCCACCAGUAUCGCCCAGUGCCUAUUCAUCGACUCAGGACGAGGAUACGAAGGGUAACACCAGGCAAGAAGAUAUGUUUACAGCCAUCUUGACCAGCCAGCACGCCAUCCUGUCCAAAUUUGACGAGGUCGCUGCUAUCCGUCUGAGCUGCACGGAUGACCUUCACACGGCCAUUGCUGCUUUACACGAAGCCGAAGACGCCGCCAAGGAUCGCUCCAGCAGUGCGCACGUGAAUGCAGAGUCCGAAGUCCGAGUCACAACUCUAUCUACCGAGCUUGCGUCUACAAAAUCUCAAGUGACAUCUCUUGAGGCUGAAGUUGGUAUACUUAAGCAGCGUCUCAAGGACACUCGUUACGAGAGGAAUGAACUGCGAGACACCAUGGACGCAAAAGAGAAACAGCUGCUUGGGGCUAUCAUGUCUGAAGAGAAGAAGAACGAAGAGAUGGAUAGACUUGUGGCCAGAGCACUCGCUGCCGAGCUCGAGAGAGAUGCGUUUGCCAAGAAAGUAAAGGAGAUGAGACUCGAUGAGCUCGAAGAUGAAAAGGAGCUUAAACAGCUGCAGCUCGAGGUAGACAAGGACGAGGCUUUGGCCGAGCUUCAUUCAACCCUCAAAGAGUCUCAGCAAGCUCUCGCAUCUACCCAAUCCCAGCUUACCAUCGCUCUCCAAGCCCUACAUCCCGCUCCUACCCUCAAUCCCCCCGAACCAUCACCUCUCUUGGUCUCCACGUCCAGUGCUCUUGCAGAGCUGAGCCAGUCAUCGUACAGCUUCCACGAGGAAAUCAUAAGCAGGAUCAGCAAGUUGGAUGACGACAUGCACGAGUCAAUGGGGUCUAGGGUGAAGGAGUAUGGGGAAGCUUUGGGUGAGAAUAGGAGGUUGACUGGAGAAGUGGACACUCUCCGACAGAAGUUGGAAAGCGCUUCGCGCGAGCGCCUCAAUCUGGAAAAGGACGUCUUGCCUAAAUUCUCUGCACUUGAGACCGAGCAUAUCCAUACCGUCGUGUCGCUACAAUCCGAGACAGCUCGACGAGAGGCAGCGGAAUCCAAACUCGCGGAAAUGGAAAAGAGGCUGAGUGUCAUGCAAGAGCAGACCAUGAGAUGGCAGAUUGAGGUAGCCACUAGACAUUCCCAGGCUCAGAUGGGCGAGAUCCGUCUUCAGACGCUCACUCAAGAGAAUGCCUACUGGCGAGAAUUUGCUCUGGGCGCCGACCGACGAAGAUUCAGGUCUUACGUGGCAUCCAGACCAUUCGCCCCUGAUCAAUCCGUCUUCCAUACUCCUGCGACUGAGUUCAAAUCUGCCGCUAGAUCCACCGCGCGGAUCGUAUCAUCGCCCCUGACUGCUGUGACUCCGACCAGGGGAGGUGAUCAGAGGAAUACUUCUCCCCUCAAGAGGAGCAUCAAGGGCUCCACUUUGGACUCGCCUAUCGUGGUGAGCGAUGAGUCCAUGGAUAUGGAUAUUGCGAACGAUGAGUCCAGGGAGGAGCUUCUAUCACCAUAG